AGAACACCGUAAAACCCGUCAAAAGCCUCUGGCAUUUGCCACUGCCCUUUCUCACUCAGAACGAAAAUGGCUUCCAUCUCUAUAUACAUACACACGACCUGUUUUGCUCGCUCCAGAGCCCAGAGGCACUUCCCGAGGCGAAACCCCAACUCCAAGUUUAGGCCUAAAAGGACUGCCAAGUAUAAACGCCUCUCGUCCUCUGCUCCUUCUUCCGGGGGGGGAGGGAAUGUGUAUGUCGAGGUGGAUGCAGCUAUGAAUUCUCAGUUGCCUUUCCGGAAUGGGAUGCAUUUUAGGACGGGGAGAGGAGGGCACGGCCAAGAGAGAGGACAUGGUGGUGAAGCUGGCGCCCAGGACUGUGAUCAGAGAGGCAGGGAGGAAGGUUUUGUUGGUGCUGUUGUAUCCUGAACAGAGGACACUGCUACUUCGUGGUGGGAGAGGUGGCGGAGGAAAUGCCUCAUUUAACUCUGGUACCAAUAAGGUCCCCAGGUUGGCUCAGUAUGGCAAAAAUGGUCCGUAAAUGUAAGUCCUUUUCUAUCUCAAUAUAAAAUUGUUGAUCAAUUCCCUUCUUUUAUGUUGCCCUUAUGUGGUAUGUAAAUGAUAGCUGUAACUGAAGCCAAUGUUUUCUUGUUUCUCUUCCCUGAGUAAUUUGACCUAUAGGUUUGGUGCAUGUAUCAGAGACAAUGUUUAAUAAAGUUUAAACUUUAAA